GCGUGACGUACAACCGUCUCUUUCUCUCUGAACGAACAAGCAAAAAGAGCGCAUUAACUCAGCAUUUUGAUCAUUUCACAAAACCAAAAGAAAAAAAAGAUCACAGAUCAACGCAACGUUGUACUAAGAAAAAGUUGAAAGAAUGGCAACAGAAACGUCGGCGGAGGCCAUGGCAACGGUGGCCGACAAAUCACCGAUCACUUCACGCCGAUUAGUUCGAGAUGAUCUCGAUUCCAAACUCCCUAAGCCAUAUUUGGCGAGAGCAUUGACGGCACCUGAUUCGGAAAACAUAAAUGGAACAUGGGGCCAUAAACACAACGGAAUGUCUGUGCUUCAACAACAUGUAUCAUUCUUUGAUCAAGAUGGCGAUGGCAUUAUUCGCCCAUCCCAUACUUACACAGGAUUUCGAGCGCUGGGAUUCAAUGCCAUUGUAUCUUUCUUCUUUAUGAUCUUUAUACAUGCAGCACUUAGUUAUGCUACUCUCCCCACUUGGAUACCUUCACCCUUGUUCCCAAUACAUGUAAAAAACAUCCACAGGGCAAAGCAUGGAAGUGAUUCAGGGACCUAUGACACUGAAGGAAGAUUCAUUCCAGCACAGCUUGAAAACAUAUUUAGCAAAUAUGGUCGAACUCGUCCUGACAAACUUACAUUGAGAGAAAUCUGGCACAUGACUCAGGCAAACCGUGAUACUUUCGAUUUUUUUGGCUGGUUUGCAAGCAAAUUGGAGUGGGGAGCUUUAUAUGUUCUUGCAAAGGACGAAAAUGGGUUCUUAUCAAAGGAAGCUGUGAGACGUUGCUUUGAUGGCAGCCUAUUUGAUUACUGUGCCAAAAUGCAAAAAGGUGCUGUUGAUAAAUUGGGGUAAAAUCGUCCAAUAAUUAUAUUUCUUUUUUCCAUAAUAUCCAAUUUGUAGUUUAGCAAUUUUAAUUUAUUGACAGUAAACAGCACUGAAAUUAGUUAGUAGUUAAAGGUACUAUUUGAUAACACUAUUCAUUUUCUUUUUUAUUUUGAAAAAUAAGUUUAUAAAUAUUGCUUCCACCUUUUAA